GUUCUUUUUAGAAAUAAAAUUUAUAUAAAGUAUUAAUUUAAGUAAUUAUUAGAAAGGAAAAAAAAUGAGAUAAUUAUAGCGCUACUCUAUUAAGGCGAAUCGAAAAAGAUAUCGCCAAACAAACACUUUUAAUCAACCUUUGUUUUCUGAUAAUGUUGAUGAAAUGAAAAACUCCGCAAGUGGCUGAAAGCUCAAAUCUGAAAGAAUAUGACUUCUGUGGGUAAUGAAAGUCCUUCUGAUUCCGAUUCCUCUGCCACACCAUAUGUUCAAGAACUUACUCAUCAAGAUGCCAUGGCUAAAGCAAGGAAGGUUCUCUCAGAAUUAAUAUGUACAGACCCACUUCUUGAAGAUCUUCCCUCAGAGGUUACACCUGAAGAGGUCAAGUCCCAGAUAGCUCUUGAAUAUGGGCAGGCCAUGUUAAUAAACGUCUGUCGAGCUGAUGGAGAGGUUAUGCGUGUUGUGGUUGUACAAGAUGCCACAGUGUUAGAUUUGAAACAUGCCAUCAAAAGAUAUGUACAACUGAAGCAAGCAAGACAGAAUGGCCCUGAACACAUCAGCUGGCGAUACAUUUGGAAAAGAUAUUGGCUGUAUUUUGAUGGACAGAAAUUGUCAGAUGACAGUAAACCUUUGAAAGAGUAUGGUAUCAGGAACAAAGCAGAUGUUACCUUCAAACACAGAUUAAAACAGCAAGGAACAGUUUAGGACACCAUUCUUCAUCUUUGUAUAUAAAGAUAUUUUUUAGAAACAA